CCUUCAUCUGCAAUCAUAACUCCUCACUUCUACCAUCAACAGCCGCUUUCACAGCUUCCUACCACCGCAAAAAUGGUCUCAUUCCGCAACCUUUUCACUGCCGCCUUGGCCUUCUCCGUGCCUAUCUCGGCUGCAAUCACACCCGCUGAGGUUGUCACCAAUAUCAAGACGAUCACGCAGAAGAGCCAGGCGCUUCAGGCACCAGCUAAGGAGAUUAGCAUCGUCAAUGGGCCAUUGAUCCUCAUCGGACAGGGACCGUUUCCCAAGAUCAUCAUCGGCUUUUCAGACAUUGUGCAGACUGCCACCACCGCUAUCGCCCAGAUGCAGGGCAUGCCCAAAGAGCCGGCAGGCGCGCCUACUGAUGCUGUCUUCGAGGCCUUCCGCGAGUUUGUCCGUGUUCACCAAGCACUCCUCAACAUCCUCAUUGGCAAGGCUGGUCUGUUCAACACUGUUCCUUUCAUCGGUCAGCCAAUCGCCGCCGUACUCAGGCAGAUCGAGAAGGUCGUGGACACGAUUGCGUUCAUGUUGAUUGAUACCUUCGAGGCCCGCGCAGCAGACCUCCAGAAGGAAGCGAUGAGCCUGACUGGAUCUCUUGAUAUCUGCAUCAAGUCAUACGACGGCCUCACCGGUGGUAUCACCAAGCGAAACCUCAGGUUCGCCCGCCGCGAGAUGGUCGCUGCUGCUUAGAUAGACUUCCAGCCCAAGAAUCACUGAGCGGAAAGCUCUCGAAGCUGAACGAUAUCUGUGGGUGGAGUAGAGGAGGAUUGUCGAGGACGAUGGGCAGUAUUUGUAGAGUCUUCAAGGUCUCAGGACAGUCAUUACCACAUGGUUGGCCAUAUUUCUGUUUGACAGCUGCACUUUACAGUCGAUUGCAUAGUUAAUGUAAAGUCACUUUCGUCCAAAA